UUUUAACGACACUAAAUAAAAGUUAAGUAAUACGGUGUACUUACCUAUGGUCUAUACUCCUAAUGCCGGUUGUUUUCCUGUGAUUCAAUUGAGGAUAGAUUAUACUCCUCGGUGUGCAUUACUGAAAUGUGGGAUGGCGUGUGCUUUUUUUUUUGCAGAAUGGGUGCGCAACUGGAGAAGUAGAAUUGUUCCUCAUGAAUUCUCGGAAUUUAUCUCAGUGCACUACUACAAUGUUGUGUUACAACGGUGCUGGUAAAAUAAAACAGUUCCCUCUCGUCCACAGUGCGAUCGGGUCACGACAAUGAGAAAAAGAUAUACUCGAUUGUUGUUGUUAUGUAAUUUACCGUGUGGUUAUUAUCGUGUCCGUAGUGUAUGAGUAAUGCCAUCUCACUUUAUGAGGCUGGAGAAAGAAAGGCCUGUGAUAUGCUGGAUCACAUCAGUGGAACAUGUGGUGCAUCCAAGAAGUUCAAUCGUCUGGUGAAUCUUCAUCUUCUUCAUCGUCGAGAAACGUGACCAACUCUUGGAUUCAUUCCAAAUAACACUGCAGGAUAUUCAUGAGACGAUUUAUCACGCCGAUAUCUUCGCGGUUCACUCUACCUUCGGUGUUUUAACACUCUCUGUUCGAUGACUCAAGCAAGGGUUACGUACUGCAAUGAGGAUCACUGAUAGUCACACAAAAGCUAGAAUUUUGGCCUGGGAAACGCGCAUGCGCAGACACACUGCAAUUGUCACAUGACAUCUGGCGCAUGUGCAGUGAGAACCGAUAGGGCGCGGUGAAAAAUUUGAUAUUGAGAUUUUCUCGGUUGAUUCAACGGGAAUGCAAUUUUAUUUUCAAUUUUCGGGGUUGUCGAGGCGGCUAGCCUCCUCCGGAAAUUAGUAUUGGUGGUGCACCGACCACAUGAACAUCAAGUUCAUGGAUCCCAACACUCCGUAAAAUAAAUAGACAAUUUUAUCUAAUUCGAAGGUGAAAAAGAAUUAAAAUCAUUGUUAAAGGAAUAAAAUCGGCAUAUUUAAAAUUGAAAAAAUGGAACGUGAUGUGUCGGCAUGCAGAAUGCGAACAAUCCUGGGGAACUUGAGGUGGCGAGUUGGUAAAUCAUUUGAGACCUUCGGCCAUGAAUAUAACACAGAGGAUCAGACGGCUUUAACGAAUUUAAUGGAAAACCUGGAGCACCUGGGUCGGAUGAUCGAGACCAGAAUGAGAACAACUCCGAAAGAGGAACGUGAGAGAGCAUCCAAUUUAGCUUGGGCCCUUGUCAAUGGGAAAAAAGCUCUCCAGGAAGCCGAGGUUUUAAGGAUAACUCUGGAGAAUACACGUUUGGAACACAGAAAAUCAGUGGAGGAAGUUGAGGAAGAAAUUGGCAGGGAGAGAAAGUUGCUGGAGAAAAUUAAGUUGCAGCGGACACUGGAAAUUACGAGGAGAAGGGAGGAAUUGGAGGUGCAGAUGAGGGAGAUAACGGAUGAAACGCUGAUUGAGAAGAGACAGAUGACGGAUGAGAUUACCUUGAGAGAGAUUGAGUAUAAAAAUACGUGUGCGGAAAAUUUGAAAAAGGAAAAAGAAAUUUACGCUGCAAGGAAAGAAGUGGAGCAGCGGUACCUCGGAAUAUUAUCGAAAUACGACAGAGAAGUAGGCGAGCUACACCGCACAAUGGAAUCCCUGAUAGCGGAAUCGGAUUUGUUGGAAAAUAAACUCAGGACUCUCGAGAAAGCCCUGAGAGUUCAAGAGAUAGAGUAUGUGGAGGUGAAAAAUGAAAGAGAGACGGUGUUACGUGAGGCAUUCAUGGAGAGUUUGAACAGCUUCAUGAGAGAACGUGCAGCAAAAAGAAUUCAGAGAACCUGGAGAGCUUAUUGGGAGCGACAGCUGUUGCGAAAGAAAAAAAAAUGCAAAAAGAAGAAACAAUAAAUUCCUGUUGAGGGUGAAAAUUUGGUAUUUUUAUGCGGGUGAUAAAGAGCUGAUAUUAGUGGACAUGACAACGGGUCAUUGAUCGUGACAACAAAGUGCAGGGGGUGGGUUUAUGCGCACCACCCCCUCGAUGUCCACUCCACCGUGAUUCUUCCUACUAUCCGUGAAAAUCGAUUCGAAAAUAACCGCAUUGUAACACGUUAUAUUCAGCUCUCACUGAGUGAGCAAUUUCCAUAGAUAAACUCUCUAGUACUCGGUAUUUCACUCCAGUGACUCCAGAUGCGCAAACAGAAAGAUCUAGAGGUUUACCCGUCGUGGUAGAUCCCCUUUAAAUUCUCCCAUUCCUCGCAAUUAGUUAAUAAAUUAAACGAGACAUUGUAAAUUGAGAAU